AUGACGAAGGCGGAGCGGCGCGAGCAACAGGAGAGACAACGUGCAGCAAAAGCGGAGAAGGCAGCUCAAAAUUCGGGGAAGAAUCCACCAAAAUCCGCGAAUAAACCAUCCCAAAGUUCAGGGGCAGGAGCCCCGGCCCUAACGAGGAGAGGUAGUAGAGCCGCCGAUUUCCCGCCGAAAGGUGCCCAAGGCCAGUCGAAAGACGCGAAAGCUGGUGCAGACGAUAAGGGGGCGCAUACGAGGGGACUUCGCAUCUUCUCUCACUUUGGCCUCCCCAAACCGACGAGCCACAAGGGUGAAAUCCACCCUGCAAUCGUUCGGCUAGGGUUGCAAUUCUCCGAGUUUAAGAUUACUGGCGCAAAUGCCAGAUGCAUAGCGACUCUAACUGCGUUCAAGACGGUCAUCCAAGACUACGUUACACCGCCGAACAACACCCUUUCGCGACAUCUGAUGACAUACCUGUCGCCUCAGAUUAGUUACCUCGUCGCUGCGAGACCCAUGUCUGUUACCAUGGGUAAUGCCAUCCGUCAACUCAAGUUGGACAUCAGCGGCACAGACAUCGACCUUCCUGAGCAGGAUGCAAAAGAUGCACUAUGCGAGAAGAUAGACACUUAUAUCCGAGAUCGAAUAAUCGCCGCGGACCAAGUCAUCGAGGAGACGGCUGGAAAUAAGAUCAAAGAUGGCGAUGCCAUCUUAACAUACGCAAGAUCCUCAGUCGUCGAGAAGGUCUUGCUCGCAGCUCACGCAGAUGGCAGGCAGUUCACAGUAACUGUCGUCGACUCACGGCCAAUGCUUGAAGGCAAAAAGCUUCUACAAGUGCUCUCAUCCGCAGGCAUCCAAUGCACGUACCUCCUGCUUCCCGCGGUCGGCUCGGUCAUCACUGAAACUUCGAUGGUUCUUGUGGGAGCACACUCGCUUCACUCCAAUGGAGCAGUAUUUUCAAGGGCCGGAACGGCUCUGGUGGCUAUGAUGGCUAAGCAACACUCAGUUCCUGUUGUGGUCUGCUGCGAAACGUACAAAUUUUCGGAGACAGUCCAGCUCGACAGUUUUACCCGCAACGAGUUAGCUCCUGUCGAACUGUUCAAGUCCUUUCCUCAGAACAGGCCUCAAGAUCUAUCAUCUCUCAAUGAUCAGCCUAAUCUGCAGAUCUUGAACCCCCUAUACGACUUGACGCCCCCUUCCAGCAUAACCGCCGUUGUGACUGAAGUGGGGGUAAUCCCUCCCAGUUCCAUCAGUUCGAUUCCCCUUGCUCUUGGCAGGACCAUGCUGUAA